AUUGGUUUGUGGUUGAAAGUGGCUGAAAAUGCUGAAAAGUGAUAACUGAUAGUGAAAGUUGAGUUGAGCACACGUUCAGCCGUAGGUCCCGUAGCCCUUAAAGACAGUUGAAAAAGUGGCUGAAUGUAAAAAUUGAAAUGGCAAAACUACAGAAGUUUCCUAAGGGUGCAUUAUCAUUUUACAUAGAAUUAUAUUGCAAAAGGAAAAGUGAAACUAAAAAAAAGUUGCAACAGGAGGCCCUGAAAUCAUGGGUUUCACUUAGCAAAUCAGAGAAGAAAUUUUUUGAAACUAAAUACAAGGAAUAUCAAUGCAAUUUCAAGAGAAGUAUUGCUAAGUGUUUGAAAAAUGCUGAACCCUACUUAAAAUCAAAAAUAGUAAUACCUAACAGAAGAAAAUGUUUACCAAAUGUCAACUGUGAAGAAAUGAAUAAAGAAAUUUUGCAGAAUGAAUUAUUAAUAUCCUCAAAAAGAGAGAUAGAUGAUAAUGAAGAUUGUGCAGAUCCUACGCAAAAUGAAGGAAAUAUUGAGGUAGAAGCACACAAUUCUUACCAUGAGUCACCUAUACCUACCUCACAGAAUGAAAUGAUACCAAUACCAGAACCAAUUGCUCCAAAAAUUAUGACAGCCAAAGGAUUGUUUUUAAUGAUUAAGGAAAGGGAAGAAAAUAGCUUAAUGUGGGAAGAAUUAACUGCGAAACAAAAGAGACGUUACGCAGAUGCUUUACGAGCUAUUAAGAGGGAUUACUUAAAACAAUACAGAGAAUAUCUAGAGCACUUACCAUCUGAAAAAUUGUUUGAUCAUUACAGAAACGUAAUUAAUUCUGUUUGAACAAUUCACGAAAGUUAGAACAAGAAAAACAACUUAGGUAUUAGUUAUAAUACUUUAUUUAUUGAUUAAAGUCAAUAAUUAAAAAAAAAAAUUGAAAUAAAUGUUAUGAAACUUGUU